GUAACAUGGCAGAGUUUCUAGCCUCCAUAUUCGGAACAGAAAAGGACCGUGUGAAUUGUCCGUUUUACUUCAAAACGGGAGCAUGUACUCACGGUGAGCGGUGCUCGAGACAGCACAACAGACCUACUUAUAGUCAGACAGUGUUACUCAACCACAUGUACAGAUCUCCUGUCAACCUUAGUCUUACCCCGGAAAUGCAGCGCCUAGGAGGGCUCACGGAGGAAACCUUGCAAACACAUUUUGACGAGUUUUUUGAAGAUAUGUACGUGGAGCUGGUGGACAAAUACGGGCCCAUUGAAGAGCUGAACAUUUGCGAGAAUCUGGGAGAUCAUCUUGUCGGUAACAUAUAUGUCAUGUUUAAGCGUGAAGAAGACGCUCAGAAAGCAGUAGACGGUCUGAACAAUCGGUGGUACAACGGACAGCCAAUCUACGCGGAGUUAUCGCCCGUUACAGACUUCCGGGAAGCGUGCUGCCGGCAGCACGAGACGAGUGAGUGCACGCGCGGCGGAUACUGUAACUUCCUGCACGUGAAGGCAGCGUCGCGCGAGAUGCGACACAGUCUGGGAGUUGAUACGUACGGCAAGGGACGACAUGUAGCCGGAGGAAAGAGAAGAGACCGGUCUCCUAGAAGAGACAGAAACAGACGGAAUUAGCAGUUUUAAGACACAGGAACUUUGGAGACAUUAUGUUUGCUGGGUGUUUAUCACCCGUAUUUCGGGGCUUGAUUUAGCAAUUUUACUUUAUUCUUAUAUUCCAUACACUAUCGCAAAAUAUUGCCUUCUUUAUGUGAUAUACCAGGUAUAUUCCCACAUGUAAUCAGCAGUUCAUUUGUUUGUGUAUGUUUUAUUCUAUGUGCAAAAAUUUUUGGAUUUUACGGGAAGUCAGCCAAAUUUAACUUUAAGCAGUUGUGAUAGUGUGAUAUACAUAUAGUUGCUCCUAAUUCGAUUUUUAAAUGCUUCCAUUGGUAUGUCAAAUAUUUUCAUUUUUUGAAUGUACAAUUAUGGAGUUAAUUGCUACUAUUAUAACGUUUUAUCCUUUACCGAAAUUCAAAA